CAUGUGAUAACAUCAGGGUGCGUAAUUGGUACACAGGGACGUGGAAACGGGUUUGAGCGUUCAGACGGGCAAGUGCGCACGAAUCAGAGACUGAAUCAAGGUGUGUGUGUGUGAUUAGUGUACAAAGGGAGGAAAGAAUUAAAACGAGGAAGACGAGGAAGCGAACAGGGGCGGAAAUAGCUGUUUUGUAGCCUGAGGGGAGAUUUUUUCCCCCCUUUAUUUGGCCUCCAAUUUACCCACUGUUGUUCAACUUAUAAAUGUACAUUUAUGUUGUUUUUUUAUUUUUAUUUUUUAGUUUUUUUACCUGAACGCCUGCUUCAGCAUUUAGGAAAAUUUCUGGACAAAAACAUCCUGGACAUAAAUCACAAAGCAUCAAUUCAUGGCUCAUUGUCCAGGUUAUGAUUGCACCAGCGGUACACAAACACACCCACACACUCAAGGACACACACGCUCGAGAGUCUGGCAUGGCUCGGCAUCUUCCCUCCCACUGACAGAUGGAUGGGGUUAAUAUCAUAAUUAAGCACCUCGGCCGCCGGUUCCUGUUUACCGCUCGGUUGCUAGGCAGUGACAUCAGCUGAUCCCUCCCUCCUUCCUCUCUAAUCCCUUCCCUCACACUCCCUCACACACACACACACACACACACACACACACACUCACCACUCUCUCUGCUCUCUCCCUCUCUCUCAGAUAGGCAGUGCAGACGUGGGCAGAGUGUGGGGGUAUAGGAAGAGGAGAGAGCGGGAGACUAGGUAGUAGUGUGUGUGAGGCUGUCAGACAGCAUGGUCUGGGUCUGAGGACAGCACCGGUAGACGAAGCAGGAGCAGCAGCAGCGCCCUCCACAACUCCAUGUAGACCAGUGUGGUGACAUCCACAGAGCACCUGGACCCGUACGCCCGUCAGCACCCGCCCAGGACAACACCCUACCAUUUCUAUUUCUCUCUUUUUUUUUUUUUUUUCCUCCAGAGAAGCGGGAGCAGGAGGAGAAAGUGGGGAGUCUGUUUACACUCUUUGGGUUUUUUUUUCUUUUUCUUUUCUCAGUUUUUGUUUGGUUUGGGGAGUAGGCUCCGGGCUGGACCGCAUGCAUGACACAACGCAAAGGCGAGAAACCCACCAUCAGCAUCCAGGAGCACAUGGCCAUUGACGUGUGCCCCGGCCCCAUCCAGCCCAUCAAGCAGAUCUCCGACUACUUCCCCCGUUACCCGCGGGGCCUCCCCCCCGCUGCGCCCCACCAAGCGGGCCACGUUGGGCCCCUGCGCUCUGCCCUCUCCGCCCCCUCGGCCGCCGCCGCCUCCGCGACCGCCGCUGCAGAAAGUGACCGCCCGAAUGAGGAUAGCCCGGACCGGGCUUGUGCCGGAGCCUCCGCCCCCUUGCAGGCCGUCAAGAGGGACGAGGAGCCCGACGUGGAGGGCUACGACUCAGAUGACUCCACUACACUGGGAACCUUGGAGUUCAGUUUGCUGUACGACCAGGAGAACAAUGCACUGCACUGCACCAUCAACAAAGCCAAGCUUCCUGUCCCCAGAUACAAGAAGGGGCUCAAGCCGAUGGACCACAAUGGGCUGUCAGAUCCUUACGUCAAGUUGCACCUACUGCCUGGCGCCAGCAAGGCCAAUAAACUUAGAACCAAGACCCUGCACAACACACUCAACCCUGUGUGGAGCGAGACCCUGACCUACUACGGCAUCACUGACGAGGAUAUGGUCCGAAAAACACUCAGGAUUUCAGUGUGUGAUGAGGACAAAUUCCGCCACAACGAGUUCAUCGGAGAAACUCGAAUCCCCCUCAAGAAGCUGAAGCCCAACCAAACCAAAAACUUCAACAACUGCCUGGAGAAACAGUUACCUGUCAACAAGACAGAAGACAAGUCCCUGGAGGAACGUGGACGCAUCAUGAUUUCUCUCAAGUACAACACCCAGAAGUCUUGCCUGGUGGUGGGCAUCAUACGCUGCGCUCACCUCGCCGCCAUGGACGCCAACGGCUUCUCCGACCCCUACGUCAAAACGUACCUGAAGCCUGACGAGAACAAAAAGUCAAAGCACAAGACUGCUGUGAAAAAGAAGACGCUCAAUCCCGAGUUCAAUGAGGAGUUCUGUUAUGACAUAAAAUAUGCAGACCUCACCAAAAAGACCUUGGAGGUGACCGUGUGGGACUACGACAUCGGAAAGUCCAACGAUUUCAUAGGUGGAGUAUCUCUGGGCAUCAAUGCAAACGGCGAGAGGCUCAAACACUGGUUUGACUGCCUCAAAAACAAGGACAAAAAAAUCGAGCGCUGGCACACGUUGACCAAUGAAUUACCCGGUUCGUUAAAUGACUGAAGACCUUCAUCCUGUUGGCCCCCCGCUGCACCAGAUACGACUACUGCCUUCAUUUCCCUGACCCCUCCUCUCGGCUUUCUUGAUUUUCCUCAUGCUGGCCACAGUGACACCACUCCUUGGGAAUAUAUUUCCUCUCAACAGGGCUCGACUAAACAUAUCCAGAUCUUAUGUUCAACGCCACCUUUUGCAAACACAACAGGUGUCGCAUGGCUGCUCAAUUAUUUUCCUUUAAACCAACAAAAAGUACGACGGGCAUUUGCAACCGUUGUUUUUUUUUAUUUCAGAUAAAACGAAAAACAAACACCGUCUAUUUGAUGAGAUCUUUUACAGCAGCUGAAAUGUUUUCACCGAACCCCUGAAACAGCACAACAAAAGUCAUCUUUGUGUUCAUGAAGUAGAGCUUCAGCUGUAGGAGGUAAAAUAAUGGGGAAAAUAACAAAAGGAUGUAGCAAAUAUUUCUGUACAGAAAAAGAAUGUAGUGGAAUAGUUCUCAUCUCCUCCCACGUUCAGCCUGAAAACGUUUAGUAUUAUUUAGACGAGCGGCUGAAAAAAGAAAUCGGUCAUUUAAGGAAGUUGCACUUCGAUAUGAUUGUAAAACAUUUUGGCUGGCGCUGGUCCUGUUGUCAUUCACUGUUUAUGCAAGUCUAACAGCGGGCUUAGUUUGAUUUAGAAAUCAUUUAGAGUCCUUUAAAGCUCAGUCCAAGUUAAGGCCUCAGUGUUCUUCAAACUAACUAGAUCAUAGAAUGAGACUAAAAAAAACACUUGUUCAUGUUGUCCAUCGAGAGCAAAAAAAAAAGUUUUGUUGUUAUAAAUGCACAAUAUUUGCAAAAGGGAAGAGGUUCAGGUGGAUAGAUGGGUCAAAACAUCACAGUCAGUUGUCCUUGAUCAUUUUAAUCCAUUGAAAACAUUAGAAAAAAAAAAUCAUUGUGGCCUCUUCCAUUUUGUGUGUGGGUUAGUUGGGGGGGUGGGGGGCCAGGGGGGUAAACGGGUCCCAAAAUUCCUGGCAGCGCCCCUGCUUAUAAGAGAAUCCUGCUUUAAUUUCAUAUCUUUGCACAUUUGGGCUAAUUGGGUGUGAUUGUUCAAACUCAAAAACUUGCAAAACCUGUUGGACGCAACCUCAGGCUCCGCUCCAUUCUUCGUGAUGCAGUAAAGCUGCAUUUAGCUCGGCAUGCGCUCGCACAACAACCAGAACCACCUCGUCUUUUUUUGGUUAUUUAAACAUUUCACGGCGCUACAUGCACGAAUCGUACUCGAGCUGUGCAGUCAGACCCCAUUCUGCUUUAAUUGCCUUCCCCACUGUCUGUGUUUCCUUUUUUUUUUAGUUUUAUUUACUCUGUGACACAAGGAACAAGCGAUUUAAAGUUGAGAGGGAGUGUUUACGUCCUUUAAUUCACUGUGAAAGAGAGCAGCGGCCGUCUUAAGCUAAAGAUCUGGCUUCGUUGUUUGAAGUGUACUGAGGCCUUGAUUGGAGCAACCAGACCGAAUACACGAAAUAACUAUUUGUUGAGUUAAUAACGUGACGGUUGUUGACUAAGUAGUGGUCGGACAUUUCUCAGUUUAGCCACCUAAAUAAGCCAAUGCAGAAUUAACUGUUGCUUAAAACUGAAAGCGUCACAAACAUCGAUUCCCUGUGCGUCUCUGUAGAUGAGUCAGUGCGAGACAAUGCAAUGUGUCGUAAAACCCUGGCGGAUUUUUCAGUGCAACCUGUUAUCUAUAGAGCUGCCAAGUUUUUGUGGUAACCCUGAUGUCAAGGCUCCUCAAGUGUUUGAUCCAUUCAGCCACCCGGAACUGCUGCUUUAUUAUUCACAAGGAGAAAAAAAAAAAAAAAAAAAAAAGGACACUGAAAGGAAAGCAACAUGCAUCUUUCUAAAAGUAUAAUUGAGAGAUGAGUCAUGGGAACAAGCCCAGAGCGCUGUUUUCAAUCAGCUGGGAGUCUGUCUGUGGUCAAAAGUGAUUUCUCAAGUGUUAGAUUUCUGAAGAGUGAAAGCUUGAACGCGAAGGGGGUUCAGAACAUCAAGGACAAGAUGAAAUCCCUUUCAGAGAGGCCUCCGGGGUGGCGGAAGGUCAGCCCAACGCGAGAAAUAAGAGCCCAAUCAUGUGAGGAGAGGAUGGUUGUGGAUCUAAAAUCUCAUAUGCAUGCAGCGGUUGUGCAAACAUCCGGCGUGGGCUCACGCGGCAAUCACGCGCUGCUGCCGGCGCCAUUUACCGAGCGGAGGCAACCGUAAUCAACGACAGGGCGAAGUGCAGUGGGCGACCCGCGUGGUGGAAAUCACUCGUCGAGCCAUGGCGCCACGUGAUCGGGCAGCUCUUUGGCAUGUGUGUGCAGCCUAAUGUUUACACUAUAGGGAAUAAAAAAUAAAAACAACAACAACAACAAAAAAAACAGCAACAAUUAAAAAAAAAAAAAAAAAAAAAAACGCUGGCUGCAUUAUCGAUACCUGCUGUAUGUCAAAAGGGCCGAAUUUUAAAAGCGGAAAGUUUACUUUAAAUAUUAAAAAAAAACAACGUUGAUGAAAAUAAAAAGCAUGUAUUGUUUACAACAGCUGAUUCUUGCCGAGGUCGAAGUCCAUGCAACUACGAGCUUUGCUAAGACGGAGCAGGGAUGAUGAAGAGGAAGAAGAAGAAGAAGAAGAAAGGCAGACUUUUUAAAUAUACUAGCGGUGUAUGUAUAUUGUUAAUCUGUCGUUGCAUCUGUCGAGGAUUUCUUUUUAAAACGCAAGCAGCUCCACUAUUAAUGUGUCACAACAGAAUGUACACGUUUAACCCCUUCUAUUCCGCGGUACGCCCUCUGAGAAUGUGCACCUUAGUGUUCUUGAUAUUAUUCUGAUGUUAAAUCUCCGUAAGCUCUGUAUUUGAGCUCGCAUUUCUGGGAAUAGAGAUGGUUGAACUUGCAGCCCAGCAGCAAUGGUGGACGACCAAAAAAAAUCUAAACACAUCUGUUUGAAAAAGAAAAUUAAUAAAGCAGGUUUAUUGGUGACGACGACCACAACAAAAAAAAAAUCUAACAAAUAUUAAUCAUAUCAGAACUUUUGUAGCCUUAAAACCAGCUUGACUCCCCUCUUCCACAAAAUGUGUUGGGCUUAAUGUGUUCAUUCACGGACAGACGAGUAACAGGCAUCUGUUUACAACAAAAUUGCUCUGAUCGCUUGCAGGACUCUCCAGUUGUGUGCAAAGGGCUACAACAUUUGUACAUUUAUUUAAAAGAAAAAAAAAUAUAUAUAUGCCUCUGAAAAUCAGUGUGAAACAUUUCAGAUCAAAAAGAUGCAAAUAUAGAGUGAACAUCCCUUAACUUAGCACCCUUUGAUUCUAUCACGACACUCAGUGUGUUUGAAUAAGACUCUAACAGUUUAGCACGUCUCAACUUGGAAGUAUUUUCCCACUUUCCUUUGCAAAAAACGUCCCUAAUUUCUCAAAUCAAGCCCUAAGCGGGUUCACCCACUGUUUUUUUUUUCUUCAAGAUUAAGGUCUGACCUCUGGUUGGGUCGUUCUGAAACAUGAAUCUUUUUAUUCACGAGUCCUUCCUCCUUCUCUAAAGCGCCGGUUUUAGUUUAAUAAGGAGAUCAAAUGGGAGUUCAGAAGGAACAUUUAUUGAUUAAUUCCAAAGAGUGAAGAUAUCAGGGACAAUGAAGGACAGAUAUUGAGAAUUAAGUCAUUUUCACAGUGUGGGAAAUAGGUGACUGAAACAUAUUGACCCCUUCACAGCUUGUAAACGGUGUAAUGUUUUGUUGAGGGGCGGAGCUUGGCUGGAGGCAAAACAUCUCAAACACAAUAGCUUGUAAAUGCCGGUUAGCAUAUUUCAACAGACUGUUUUGGCAAGAAUGGAUGAGGGAAACAAGAUUAUACUAAUACACUUACUCUUUGAGACCAUGUUGUUUUAAAAAGUUGACUCUGACUGAUGGAACUACAUUCACAGACCCCUACACUCUCUCUCACUGAGUGGACGAUUUGACCAAAAGAGGACACAGAGGGGACAAAGUCUGGUCUGUCCCAAUAUACCCAACCCAUAACGUUAUCCAGACUGAAAAUGAUGAUGUAUUAGACAGAGGGUUGUUGAUGAUUGUCUUACACCAAUCCAUUCAACUGAAGUCCUCAACGACUGGCAGUGGCUGGUGUGCAAUAAAACUUCAAUUAAUUCAAUUAAAUUCAAUUUAGUGUUUUUGUUUUUUUCGGUUUUGGCCCCUAAAAAUAUACAGCAAGACGUCAUUUUCCCAGUUGAAAGUAACAGUAUUCGCCCUUCAGCUUCCCUCUGUUUUGCCUCCAGCUGACGUUGUGACAUCACAGUGACGUAGGCCAUGACGGGGUUAAUACACAGCCCGUAACUUUUUGUCAAAGCUUGGAAAAUCUACAAGUUUCAGUGGCAUUGUAUUUUUUUAAUUACAAACUCUACAAAAGUUUAGAUAUGAUUUCUUUUUGUUAGAUAUUUUUUUACAGCACAGAAACCUGCUGAUUUAACAGGGUUGUUUAGAUUUUUUAUGAAAUUCAUACACAGAGGAUUUUAAUUGGAGUUAUUUUUCUCUCUUUUUUUUUCUCCCUUUUACUGUUUUAUGCUCAUAUCCCCACGUUCCUGUGCAGGACUGAGGACUUGAGUUGCUCCUCAUAGAUCAGUAGAUCCGGAUGCAUGCCAUGUGUUUGUGAAUUUAUGAGUUUAAUUGACCUUUUCUGCACGCCCCCCCACCCUCUCCACGCCCACGUUUCUUGUAAAUUUCCAGUCGUGACACGAGACACGAGAGACGCCAUACACACAGUCCUCAACGUCACGAUCAGGAUUCCUGUCAGGCCAUUUGCAAUUCAGCUAAUAGCUUUUUGUCAUUACCUCACGUCGUCGCUGUAAGUCACAGGCCGGAGAUGUUUAUUUUUAGGAGCACGUCGGCUCGUUUUGAGAAUUUCAUCAGGCUAAUCACCGCCCGUGAGAUGGCGGAGAACAGCCCUAAUGUCCAUUUGUUAUAUUAUUUAACCUCCGUCACCCUAAGUUUCAUUACUGACACUGUGUUUAAAUGUAUUAUUAGAUUAGAUUUUCUCGCCACCUUCCAUUUACUCUGAGGAUCAAAGCUGGUAAAUGAAAUCUUCAGUGCAUCACGCCGGGCCGCACGUCUCCCGCUCCCUCCCGCUUACUUAAAGUGUUAACAGCCACAUCGAUUUUUUGUGAGGCACAAGCCGGCUGUGGAAACCUCGUUGGCAUCUCAAUACAGUCCGUGGCACAAAGGCGAUCCCUCUUUCUCUGAUGAAUAUGUAACGAAUACAAGCGACACGUGGUUUUGAUUUUGUAAUCUGUCUGCCUUUGUAUGCAAGCUCAAUAUUACGAUGAAGAAAAAAAAACUGCAUGCGUAUGUUCUUGGUUUUGUCAUGAGAUGACUUUGCCUAAUGUUUGAUACUGUUUUCUGUAUAAAAAAAAUACAAAAUAUAGGACUGUGGAUGCUCUAAGAUUAUGCUAUAAGUCAGUCUUUCUUCUGGACAACAUUUUGUACCUUUGAACACUAUCGCAUUGCCUGUUUGGCUGCUGUAUUGACUAUCUGGAAGCGUGACUCGAUGUGAAUUAAACUCUCUUCUUUGUUGUUUUGUUUCCUUUUGAACACUCAGGCACUUGUUUUCAUUUGUUCUGGUUUGUUGAAUGUAUGACUAUAUAAAUUAUAUUUUAGUCCUUUGCCAAA